UGUCAUCUUUAGAAAAAGGAAAAUUACUAAAUGUCAAAGUGAAAGUUAUUUUUGAACACAUUAACAACAAUUAAUGUUUAUUGCUUCUUCUUAGAAUUUCUACCCGAAUUUGACUAUAUAAAGCUGUUCCAUAGUCGGAAGGCCUCAGUUGAAUAGUUUCUGUGUUACUUGUUCCUAGCUCCGAAAUAUUCAUUUUGAGUUUCGAAUAACAAACAGAAAAAUGGUGAAGUUUACGACUAAGUGUCGCUCUUACGACUUAAUUGUAUAUUCUGGUUCCGCUCACGAUGUGAUCAAUCAUAUUAAACCUAGAUCCAAAAAUAUGGAUUAUAUCGAUUACUUUUUGGGAAGAUUAGUGCAUAAAAGAACAAAAAAAGAUUUUACCGAUAGAGACUACGAAAUUAUACAAUACCUUAUUUCUAAAGGGGCAGACACCACCGCAUAUAUACGAAAGGGUAAUAGUCGCUACAAAUUACUCGACUUAGUAUUGAAAUCUAAAGAUGAAAAGUUAAUCAAAAUAUUUGUACAGGAUAUGAGAUAUGUGGACGAUGAUGACACUGAUACAAAUCUGUGCAAUCUUCAUCAGCAGUUCUUCUCAUUUCACACAUCUUCAGUUCUAGCAGCUGUUGCUUAUCAGAACUUAGAUCUUGUGCAGUACGCUGUGAAAUUUAGUUCUCACCAUAAUGAACGAUCAUUUCUCUUGAACAACACUCCCUUGCACAUCGCAGCUUCAUUGCCACGUGUGGACAUCACAAAAUACAUUUUAAAAUAUUAUCCUAAUUUAGAAGAAGGAAAUAUAUUGGGGGAAACGCCUUUAUUCUUCGCUGUUAAAAAAAACCGAAUAAGACAAGUGAGAUUUCUUCUUGAAAUCGGAGCAAACUUCAGAACGAGGGAUUUAAAAGACAACACUCUACUUCAUGUUGUAUGUUACCAAAAACGUAAGACAGAUGUGAAAAUGCUUGAAAUUUUAUUAGAUGCCGGAUGCGAUCCCAAUGCCUUUGGUGAACUUAGGCAGACUCCUUUACAUUUUAUUGCUAAGAAACAACAUAAACGUCAUGCACUGGAGUUUGCGAAGUUACUAAUUCAAAGAGGAGGUGAUGUGAAUAUUCAAGAUUUUUUGGGCGACACUGUUCUGCACGAUUUAGCAAACUUUUGUGAGGGCUACUCGUUCAUCCAGUUUUUCGAUUUAUUCUUGGACUCCGGCGCCAACUUAACAAUUAUCAAUGAUUUAAAUAGAACAUAUUUGGAUAUAUUAUUACUGGAGCAACGUGCUGUAAUACGACAGAUGAUUUUGAAAACUCUGAUCCUUCGAGAUGUCAGUGGACAAUUUAAAACAGGUUUUAACCCCAUUAGUUACUUGAGCGAAGAUGAACAAUUUGAGGAAGAUUGUAGAGACGAAUUGAGACGUUUGAAUUCCUGCAAAAUACCAACAUUUUUAACUGAACCAGAGUAUUCUCUUGUGAGAAUCCUCAUUUCGAACAAAAUGCAAAUAUCGAACCUCUGUAUAAACCCAAAGCUGAGGAAAAUCAUUUCUGAAUUCAACGAGAGAGAUUACAAAUAUUACGGCUGCGAACUCAAAACACUUAUGGAGAGUGGGCUGAAAAUAUUUCACGAAAGAGAAGAUGCAUAUAACUUUUUUUAUGUCGUUUCUGAGGGUAAGCUCUAUUUCCAAGUGAUAAAUGAAAUUAUAAACAAAAUUCCAAUAAAAGAAUGGUACAAAUUCGGAAAAUUACUACCGGAUCUCGAGGAGCCUGUCAUAAAAACUCCUGUUCCGAAGAAAAAAAAAUCAAUUGAGACAAGGCUGAGAAUAGAAUUAAAAAAUAAGAUGUUCAGAAGAUAUAUUACAGUGAGACGAAGAAUUGUUAUUUAAUUAUAUAAUAAUGUUUCAAUUUUUAUCAUUUGUUUACUUUUCAUUUUGUAAAUAGAAUUUUCCAUGUGUAAAAAAUAAA